GUACUCUAGGGCGGUUUUCUUACGGCGCUUCUCUUGACCUUAGUCUGUCUCGAGGGAUUAAUGAUUUGUCAAAACAUCUAAUUCAGGAUACAUGCGUGAAUUUCUAUAAACGAACACUGUUGUAUAAUCACUAAAAGUGAUACAAUUAGUCCUAUAUAUAAAUAUAAAUUAUGAGUCUCUUUACAAGUCCACCUCCAGUUGUAAAGCGACUUAUAAGUUACAUCAAAGAAGGUUCAGACAAAGAAGAAAAGUGGAAGGAAAAGGCUGUUAAGUCAUUAGUCAAGAGGCUGAAAAACGGGACACAAUUGGACGAGUUGGAACGUGCUUUGGUUAGCCAAGAUCCAUCUACACGCUGUGUUACAAUACCUCGUUCAUUGGAUGGGCGUCUACAGGUUGCCCAGAAAAAAGGUUUACCACACGUUUUUUACUGCCAACUUUGGCGAUGGCCAGACCUGCAUACUCAGCACGAGUUAAGGCCUAUCGCUACUUGUGAAUAUUCUUUCCAAUCAAAACGCGAUGAGGUUUGUAUCAACCCUUAUCACUAUCGAAGGAUUGAAAAUCCAGUUCUCCCACCAAUUAUGGUUCCUCGUACAGUUAACAAUGGGACUUCCGGAGUCAAUAACGACAACACACAUCGUGGUGUUACAGAAUCAUCUACUGAACGUUAUGGAAGAGGUUCAUCUUUUGGUUCACAUCAUUCUCGAUACUCCUCUAUGCAUAAUCAGUAUCAACAAGGUCUUCAACAACAACAUCAUCUAAAUGCUUUACAGAGUCAUCAUCCUUCCUCUGCUGGACUAAAUGAUUCUAUGAUAAUGGGAGAUGAUUGUGGUUCAGAACCAAAUAGUUUAGCUGCCCUCCUAGCUCCUCCAUCUAAACAACCCAGACAACAUCUUGCUACAGAUGCUGUAACAGCUGCUGCUCUAGCCAGAGGUGAUGCACUUGACGCGUAUGCUGUAGCAAGUCGAGCAAUAGCUGGUUUAGAAAAUGUCGGAAAUGUACUCGGUGGGACGCAUCCACCAUGUGUGAGCCUUCGUGAGGCUGCUGAAAAUAUGACUCUGGGUGGACCCCCCAAUUUAGUUGGAACGCCCCCAGCUCCUCCUCAUACAGGCUAUCAAUCGUCUCUUAUGAAUGUAGUGUCCAGUCUUAGCGGUGAUGGUCGUGAUUUCGCUCGCAGUUUAGGUGUAGCAAAUCACAUUCACAAUGCUACAACGAGGUCACUUAGUAUGGGUGAUUAUCCAAUUCCUGUAUCUGCUUGCCAAGAAGAUCGUUCUAACGAUUCUCAGUGCCUAGGUCCAAGUGCUGAUAAUUUGAGUUCAAGUUUUAUGGGUCAAUCAUCAUCAGUUUCUUCAUCUACAACUCAGAAAGCUCCUAGUAUUGCUGGUGCCGGCCCGUCAAUAAACUCUCCUGGUACAUUGUCAUCAGUUGAAGAAAAUUGUAUCAGUGAAGAUGACAAUAUGGAUCUAGAUAUGUUAAGUGAUGUUCUUAUUGAUGGAAAUGAAAUGACUUCAGUAGCUUAUCAAGAACCUGAAUAUUGGUGUUCAUUAUAUUAUUAUGAAAUGAAUACUCGUGUUGGAGAUACAUUUCAUUGUUCUAGUCCAUGUUUAACUGUUGACGGUUUCACCGAUCCAAAUAGACAUAAUCGUUUCUGUUUAGGUCUAUUAUCCAAUGUGAAUAGAGGACAUCAGAUUGAGCUAACUAGAAGGCAUAUUGGUAAAGGUGUUAAACUUUAUUAUAUUGGCGGUGAAGUGUUUGCAGAAUGUUUAAGUGACAGUGCUAUAUUUGUACAAUCUCCUAAUUGCAAUUAUAUGUAUAAAUGGCAUCCAGCAACUGUAUGUAAAAUUCCACCUGGAUGUAAUUUGAAAAUAUUCAAUAAUCAAGAAUUUGCUAAUCUUCUUACAGAGAAUGUAACUAAAGGUUUUGAAGCUGUUUAUUCACUAACAAAUAUGUGUACUAUACGAAUGAGUUUUGUCAAAGGAUGGGGUGCUGAUUAUCGCCUUAAGGAUUCCAUUUGGAGGCUUGCCUUGUGACGCAGUUCGGUGCUUUCCUCAAUGUGUGUCCUGUUCACUUUCAGCUCUGCUUUUUGAUUUCUUCCUCCACUGGAAUCGGGUUUGUUCUCUCCCACAGUAGGUUGUUUCUGAUAGUGCCUGGCCAAUGGAUCUGAAGUAUUUUGCGUAAACAAUUGUUAAUAAACACCUAUAUCUUCUGGAUGAUGGCUUUCAUAGUUCUCCAGGUUUCUGCCCCAUACAGUAGAACUGUCUUGACAUUUGUAUUGAAAAUCCUAACCUUGGUGUUGGUUGACAGUUGUUUUGAGUUCCAGAUGUCAUUCAGUUGUAGAUAUGCUGUUCUUGCUUUGCCGAUCCGCGCCUUCACAUCUGUAUCAGAUCCACCGUGUUCAUCAAUGAUACUGCCCAGAUAUGUAAAGGUUUUUACAUCUUCCAAAUCUUCUCCGUCAAUUGUGAUUGGAUUGGUGCAUUCUGUGUUGUAUCGGAGAAUCCAGAUUUUCCCUUUGUGUAUACUGAGACCGACUACUGCUACUCUGAUCGUCUUUUCCUGCAUUUGUUGUUACGUGUGCAAUAGAAGAGUCAGAUCAUCUACGAACAAAUGUUAUAUUAACGUACAUUAUAAAUUUUUGAAUGUAUUAUACUGAAUAAAGACUACAAGCCUAUAAUG